AUGGUGUCCUCACAUUCCUUUGUUGUUUGGGAUUAUGUUAUAUUUGGUAUAACUAUUGUCAUAUCGAUCAGCAUUGGUUUAUAUUAUGCCUUUGCUGGGGGUCGACAAAAAACAACAUCCGAAUUUCUUGUUGGAAACCGCCGAAUGAAAGUGCUUCCUGUGGCUAUUUCGUUAAUGGUUUCUUUCGAGUCUUCUAUCAUGAUGCUUGGAGUUCCUGCUGAAGUGUACGAAUACGGAAUUCAGUAUGUUUUGAAGUUGGUAGGCUUCCUUAUUGCCGAUUUAUUAGCAAUCCAGAUCUUGGUGCCUCUUAUUCAUCCUCUCAAGAUUACCAGCGCAUACGAGUACCUAGAACUACGAUUUAAGUCCCGGGCUGUUAGACUAACUGGUACAGUAGUUGGGAUAUCUUCGUAUACGUGCUACAUAGGAGUUGUACUUUUUGGACCAGGAGUAGCCUUGGAGGCGGUGACCGGCUUUCCAAAAUGGGUAUCGAUAGUAGUCAUUGCCGCGGCCGCUAUCCUAUACACUUCCAUUGUAAGUACUUCUUUAAGAAUAUUCGCGGGGGAUUUAAUUUCCACGGGCAUCAAUGUACAGCUAUUGAACUAUGCAGCUGAAAUGCCCAUAUCCGUAAACCAUCAUAUUACCCCCUUCGCCGAUGAGCUUUGUCCCGAAGCUUCCAUGGCUUCAACCUGGCAGCCUCAGCUCACACCUGUUGUAAUAGCGGUGCCACCUCAUGACCAGACCCCUAGUCACCAACAAGUCUGCAGGAGCUUCCCAGGCUGUCCGAGGAAGCUUUAUCCCACCACUGCCACCAAACAUGACGUGCAGCGGGGGUACAACGGAGCGGUCAGCAAUCCAAGAGCUGACAACGCUCGACGUUGCUUAACAUUUGUACACAGACACGACAAUGAACUGCAAAUCAACGAACGCUAG